AUGGAGAAACAGGUCUAUUUAGAUGAUUGGUCUACGGACAUAGAGGGUAGCAGUAAUAGAGGAAGGACCUCUCAAGCUACCCAAACUACUCGCACCAUGACCGAUCAAGUCUAUUUAGAUGAUUGGUCUUUGGACAUUGAGGAUAGUGAGGAAAUGGCUGCGACGUCCAAAGACAAGCUUACAACAGAGAAAACACCCGCUCCUGUAAUCAAAAGAUACCCGGAACAAUACAUAAGAAAGCAUUUCGGAACCUCCGCAAAAAAUAACUGGAAACAAAUUCUGAUUGGACUAAACGCCUGCUCGAUUCAAGUUAUUCCCGAAGGGGCUUCAUUCAAGCGAUUCAAGCAGAUGACAGAAACAAACGAGGAGGUGUAUGAGAUACCGGUGUACGAGGUACCGGACCCUUCAAUCGAGCUUCAGUGUCCGGAUUGCUCAAAGACCUUUUGCAACAAGACCUAUUUGAAGAUUCACAGGGAGAAAUCCUGUAGGACAAAGAAGGAGGAGAAGAAAAAGAGCAAUUUCUUUUGUAACGAGUGCAAAAGAAACUUUACCAAUGGCUUCACGCUUAGGAGGCACCAGGAAUUUGCCCACUCGACAACCAACAAAUUCCCGUGUCCGUUCUGCAGCAAAUGUUUUAAAAGAAAGGACGCGCUGCAGCUUCACCUCAAAACUGAUGUCUGUACAAAGUUCUCUCCGUCCCAGUAA